CCAUCCAGAAUUAUCCCGUAGGAUCCUGUCUUCAUGCAUUCGCAGAUGGUAUCUCUGGCGUGUUGAAUCUAGAGACCCCGAGUGGUCGCCUAGAUCUUUCCGAUACUCUAGAGGGUUACGUACGAGAUAUGGAAACAUCGUGAUGAUCAAACAGAGGGCGCAAGCCAAGCUACCAUUGUCUCCACAAUCUCUCCUAAAAUGGGCAUUUGCUGAUACGGCAAGAUAAGAACGUGGGGAGAAAUCAAAACGUACCAACACCGUGCAUGGACUCAAGCUUGAGCUUGUGUAGAUAUGUUGAGAUUUGAGCGGGUAUAGGGUUAUCAUGUACUUGGCAUAAGUGAGCUGAUUAGAAGCGCCUCUGCCGUUUGUGCAAUUCUUAGUCCGAUUGUCUCGACCAGAGUAUUCAACUACAUCUUGUCUUCAUAUCAGUUCGCAUUGUCUUCAGAACUUCUGACCCUUAUAGAACCUUUUUUCUCUCCAAGUCCUAUCACUCGGUGACUUUAUACAAACAAUGACUGCCUCUCAUGGUGAGAAUGGCGUUGCCAAUGGAUUUUCCAAUGGCAGUACCAACGGUCACACGAAUGGACACACGAAUGAACAGACCAAUGGACAUACCAAUGGACAUACCAACGGUCAUACCAACGGUCACACCAACGGCCACACCAACGGGAACAUCAAAGCCUCGUCCAAAGCAACCAACGAAACACCAGUCGCCAUAUGUGGUAUGGCCAUGAGGCUGCCCGGCGGUAUACGCAACGAGAGAGAUCUUUAUGAGUUUCUCUACAACAAAGGAGAUGCCCGUUCCACUGUUGGUGAGGAUCGGUAUAACUCAGAUGGAUACUACAGUCCACAUGGGCAGAGUGGAACCAUCAACACCAACAAAGGCUACUUUCUGAAAGACCUCGACUACUCCAAUCUAGAUCUCUCCAUGUUCAGUUUCAGUGCAGCCGAGGCAGAGCAACUAGAUCCAAACCACAGACUGGUGCUUGAGGUUGUCCGAGAAGCAUUUGAGAACGCUGGGGAGACAGGAUGGAGGACGAAAAAUAUUGGUACCUAUAGUGGUCUUUUCACAGAAGACUGGCAGGAGAUGGCACAUCGGGACAACCAAGAUUAUAAUGCACAUCGCGUCUUGGGCGGCACUGACUUUGCACUUCCCAACCGAAUUGCCUACGAGUAUGAUCUGAAAGGACCUAGCAUGGUGAUCAAGACGGCGUGUUCGUCCGCGGGUAUUGCUUUGCACGAAGCCCUGGAGGCGAUUCGCGAGAACAAAAUCACGGCUGCUGUCAUCACAGGCUCUAACCUGAUCAUGGCUCCUGGAUUGAACAUAAGCUUGACACUACUGGGAUCUCUCUCGCCUGAGGGAUCUUCAAAGUCAUUCGACGCUUCAGCCGAUGGAUACGCUCGAGGUGAAGCUGUAUCUGCACUUUAUGUCAAGCGCCUGGACGAGGCCAUCAGGGAUGGUAAUCCGAUUCGGGCAGUCAUCCGAUCAUCAGCAACCAAUGCUGAUGGUCGAUCUCAAGGAAUCACAAUGCCGGAAGGCGAAGCCCAUGAGCGCCUAAUUCGCCAAGCCUAUGAUUCUAUAGGACUAGAUAUGUCAGGCACUGCUAUGGUUGAGGCGCACGGUACUGGAACGAAGGUUGGUGACCCUAUAGAAGCUGGGGCAAUCGGUCGGUGCUUCGGGGCGGAUGGGGUUUACCUGGGCGCCACAAAACCGAACCUGGGUCACAGUGAGGGUGCUGCUGCCAUCACCGGUAUACUGAAGGCUGUGGUCUCUCUCGAAAAUCGCACGAUUCUUCCGAACAUUAAGUUCAACACACCUAAUCCAAGAAUUCCGUGGAAAGAGCUCAAUCUCGUUGUGCCUGUUGAACCAACUCCGUGGCCGGAGAAUAAGGCAGAGCGCAUCAGUAUAAACUCAUACGGAAUUGGUGGCUCGAAUGUACAUUUCGUCGUUGAUUCUGCUGCUUCUUUUGGCAUCCAGAAACCUGGGAACACCCCUGGAGCAGUUGCAUCCGCCCAAAAGUCCCCCAAAAGCCUUUUGCUGUUCUCUGCAAGCCACGAAGAGUCUUUGAAGCGGGUUGCUGAGAACAUCUCGACAUACAUCAAAGACCAUCCUGAGCGGAUCCAUGACACAGCAUACACUCUUGCUCAACGACGAGAGCAUAUGAAACUCAGAAAUUUUGGUGUAUUCAGUGGCUCGGAGGAACAACUGGAAAUAUCUGCCCGUGUAAAGUAUCAGGGCCCGUCUCAGGUAGCUUUUGUUUUCACCGGCCAAGGUGCACAAUGGACCAACAUGGGCCGAGAAUUGAUUAAAGACUAUCCAAGUGUUUUGAAGAACAUCCGCUUCAUGGAUGGUGUUUUGAAGAGUCUGAAGCACGCGCCAUCUUGGUCCAUUGAAGGUAGUUAUUUCACCCAAAAACUAUCUCUAAUCCGCAAGAACUCUAACUCGAAGCCAGACGUACUACUUCACUCCAAUGAAAAAGGCUUGCUCCUGCAACCUGAAUUCUCUCAGCCGCUUUGCACGGCAUUGCAAAUUGUCCUAGUAGAUCUACUGGCUACCUGGAAUAUCCAUCCGUCGGCAGUUGUGGGCCAUUCAAGUGGCGAGCUCGGCGCAGCCUACGCUGCUGGUGCACUGACAGCAAAAGAAGCCCUCAUUGCUGCAUUUUACCGAGGACAAGUAUGUAAAGUCCCCAAAAAACUGGGUGGCAUGGCAGCUAUUGGCCUUGGAAAAGAGGACGUUCAGCCUUAUCUCGCUUCCGGGGUUCGUGUAGCUUGCGAAAACAGCGGGUCGAGUGUAACCAUCUCGGGCGAUCUUGACGUUCUGGAAAAGGUAAUGUCCAAUAUCAAGGAGGCAUGGCCAGAUACUCUCGUCAGAAAGCUUCAAGUGCAGGCGGCUUACCAUUCACACCAUAUGGCUUUGGUUGGUGAUGAAUAUCGGGAGCUCAUCUCCGAGCAUCUCUCACCUCUUCCGGCGAAGAUACCAUUUUAUUCCAGCGUAAAAGGCAAGGUCCUUCGCGAAGCUUCGCAAUUUGGCCCCCAGUACUGGCAAGACAACUUGGAGAACCCUGUAUUGUUUCAUUCCGCCACAAGGGCCCUGCUCAUUGGAUCUCCGGAGAGCACCGUUCAUUUGGAGGUGGGACCUCACGCCGCACUAGGAGGUCCCCUGAGGCAGAUCUACAAGGAAAAUUCAGAGAACAUCAACUACAUCUCUGCUCUUGUGCGUGCCAAGGAUGACACAAUUCAGUUUCUACAGGCGGUCGGUCAACUGCACUGCCAGGGCGUGAACGUCACUUACCCGCACGAAUCCGAGGUAGUUGUCACUGAUCUCGCACCAUAUCCCUGGCAUUAUGAGAAGCCUUAUUGGUCCGAAACCAGAAUCCAGAAGAGCUGGCGGUUCCGCAAGCAUCUACCACAUGAUCUUCUUGGUCUCCGAAUUAUUGAAGGGAGCGAUCUCGCACCUUCCUGGCGAAACGUAUUACGAACAUCCAACGUCCCAUGGCUCAACGACCACUGCGUCGGAGAUGAUACGGUGUUCCCUGCAGCAGGCUAUAUUGCGAUGGCUGGUGAAGCUGCUUUCCAAGUUACUGGCGUCCGCGAUUAUACAGUGAGGGAUGUUGAAAUCAGUAAGGCGCUCGUUCUCUAUAACGACAAAUCUGCCGAGCUGGUCACGAAUCUGCAACCCCACCGCUUGACGGCCAACUCGGAUAGCGAUUGGUAUACGUUUCAGGUUGUAUCUCACGAUGGAAACACUUGGAACAAACAUUGCUCUGGUCUGGUUCGCAGCGGUCGCGCCUCUCCCUUUCCUCCAAAGAGCACUGACAGCCUUGAUCGAAAGGUGUCCUCUCCACGUUGGUAUACUACUAUGUCCAGAGUUGGCCUGAAUUACUCGGGCAAGUUUGCUCGUCUGUCAAACAUUGCUGCAAGUGUUGUCAAGCCAUUUGCCACAGCUGAAGUAGUGGACGAACGCGAAGUCGGCGAGUCCUCGUACAUGAUGCACCCGUCCACCUUGGAUCUUGUCUUUCAAUCCUUGACGGUUGCCAAGGCCCAGGGUAUCUACCGAUCCUUCAACACCCUGUUUCUUCCUACUUUUAUUGAGGAGCUAUACGUCGGUGAUGGCACCACUAAGGCCAUUCAGUUCAACACUUCGGCCACAAGCCAAAGCGGUAGUGUCCAAGGAGAUUCAUACGGCCUUUCGGAUGGCGAAUUUGUAUACGCUCUAAGAGGUUUUAAGGGCACUUCCAUGAGGAAUGCUGAUAGCGAAGGUUCUUCUUUGGCCAACACUACUCUCCAGCUUCAAUGGAAGCCCCACGCUGAAUUUCUCCGAGCUGAGAACUUGAUGCAUUUGCGGUCAGAUAUCCGACAGGUUAUUAAGAUUUGCGAGCGACUCGAAGUGCUUUGUGCAAUCGAAACGAGGAAUGCUAUCCUGGGUUUGACACCUGCGCAAGGCCAGCCUCACUUAGACAAGUAUCGAACCUGGUUGAAUGCAGAGUACGAGAGAUACCAGCGACCGGGAUACCCUUUGGUUGAAGACUCCAAUGAACUUGUUCAGAUGGAUCAAGCCGCACGUCAACAGCUCAUCGAGGAUGUCCUCAAGCAAUGCGAAGAUGCUGGUGCUUGGGCCACUGCAAAUGCAAUCUACCGGGCUUAUGUAAACGCCGCUGAUGUUUUCCAAGGAAAAGUCAGCUACCUUGAUAUUCUGCUUCAAGAUGGCGUUCUCACUGGUGUUUACAGCUGGUACAACGAUAUCUGGGACUUCAAAGACUUCAUGCAGCUUCACGGUCAUGCGAAGCCCCAAAUGAAGAUCCUCGAAAUUGGAGCUGGCACUGGUGGUCUGACGUCCAAAUUUCUGGAACAACUGAAGUCAGAUCAAGGUGAACGCCUAUAUCUCAAGUACACGUUCACCGAUAUUUCCUCUGGUUUCUUCGUUCAAGCCAAGGAAAGAUUCAAGGAUUACGAAUCAAUCGAAUACCUCGCUCUCGAUAUUUCCAAGGAUCCUCUAGACCAGGGCUUCAACGCCGGGGAGUAUGAUCUCAUUGUAGCAUCCAACGUGCUGCACGCGACUCCUCUGCUCCAGGACACACUUACCAAUGUUCGGACCCUACUAAAGCCCGAUGGACAGCUCUUCAUGCAGGAACUAUGUCCUGUGACUCAAACAAUGCAGUUUGUGAUUGGGCCAUUUGAGGGUUGGUGGCUCUCUCAAGACCCCGACCGGGCCGAUUGCCCAUUUCUUGAGCCGGCAGGAUGGGAUAAACGACUCCGUGACGCGGGUUUCUCAGGAUGUGACUCUGUCACUCUAGACUACGAAAAGCCCUACACUUGGGUUGCCAACAUUGUCGCGAAACCAUUGAUCAAAGAGAUUGGUCCCCAAAAAGUCACUUUGCUUCAGGGCAAAACGGAAGACUCGCUCAUCACGAAGGUCCAGGAUGUCCUUCAGAAACGUGGGAUCGGCUUCGAUAUUGCCAGAUGGGGCGAAGAUCUUCCUCCAGACCAAGACAUCAUUUCAUUCGUGGACCUUGGAGAUAGAGUGCUGCUUCAAGACAUUGGAAGUGAUGAUCUGAAGGAAUUCCUGAAACUAAUCGACUUGUUCCAACAGUCCACUAUACUCUGGCUCAUGCCUCCUGCCCAGAUAAACUCCAAAGACCCAUACGCUGGCGAGAUGGUUGGUGUGAUGAGAACCAUCCGAUCUGAGCUUGCUGCAUCAUUCGCUACCCUUGAGCUGGAAGAUGCGAGCACCGGCGCUUCUGAGGCUGUGGCGGACGUUUUCAAAGUCCUACAAAGAUCGAAAGAUAGCGAUGACGACCUCGAUAUCGACAUGGAAUGGGCGUGGGCAGCCGGCUCAUUGAACGUUGGUCGCUUCCACUGGAUUCAGAUCGAUGAGGACCUCUGCAGCGUCGCAGAACCAUCAAAAUCAAAAGCUCUGUCGAUUGGUACUCCGGGAUUGCUGAAUACUCUCGAGUGGACCAAUCACACCAUUGGCGACCUAUCAGCAGACGAGGUACUUAUCAAGACUAGCGCUGUUGGACUGAGCUAUGGUGAUAUCUUGAUUGCUACCGGAGCGGCCAGCGGCGAGGGCGAAAAAUCCAAUUUUGGUCUUGAGAAUGUGGGGAAGGUCCUCAAAGUUGGCUCAAAGGUCUCGCACCUCAGCGUAGGUGAUCGAGUCAUGAGCAUUGGAGCCGAAUCAGCUGGCAUGGCUACCGUUGUGACCAGGCCAUCUGAACUUUGCAUCAAGAUUCCAGAGCAGCUCAGUGACGAAGAAGCCGCCACGAUGCCAUUUGCGUAUGUCACAGCUAUGCUGUUCCUUGUGGAGAAAUGGAAAUUGUACGAAGGCCAGUCCGUACUAAUUCACAGUGCUGCUGGAGGGGUCGGCAUCAGUGCUAUCAAUGUAGCGAAGUGGGUCGGCGCUAAGAUCUUUGCAACUGUUGGCACUGAAGAGAAGGCUUCCUUCUUAGUAAAGGAGUUUGGAAUUCCCAGAGAACGAAUCUUCAACUCCCGUGAUGGCGAUUUCCUUCAGGGCAUCUUGGAUGCUACAAAUGGCCAGGGUGUCGAUUUGGUGCUCAACUCACUCGGAGGUGAGCUGCUCGCUGCUUCAUGGAAGUGCGUGGCGCCCGAUGGCGCUAUGGUUGAGAUUGGAAAACGUGACAUGGCUGGCCGUGGCCAACUUUCUCUAGCGCCCUUCGAACAGAACCGAACGUUCCUUGGUGGCGAUGUCAUCCGAUUCAUCAUCAAUAACAAAGCUAGAGUGGCGUUUCUGUUGAAAACUCUACUGGAGCUCUAUGUAAAUGGAAGCAUCAAGCCUCUUCCUUUCCAGACAUUCGACGCGACUCAAGUCGAAGAAGCCUUCAAAUAUCUGCAGAAAGGCACACAUGUUGGAAAGGUUGUCAUCAAGUUCCCCACGGAGGACACACUUCCUAUGAAACCAACUCGACCACUACCCAGCUUCCGUAGUGAUGCCACUUAUGUCCUCAUCGGUGGUCUGGGUGGCCUCGGGAAGGCAAUUGCCCAUUGGAUGGUGUCUUAUGGUGCUCGAAACUUGAUGUUUUUGUCACGGUCCGCGGGUAAAUCCCAGGAGGAUCAGGACUUCUUCAAAGAAUUGGGGCUGAUGAACUGUGGGGCGCAGUUCUUCCCCAUCGACAUCGCUGACGUGGAGGCGCUCAAGGGAGCAGUCUCCCAGGCGGCCUCCCCCAUUGCUGGCGCCAUGCACAUGCCGUUAGUGUUGGCCGACAGAGGAAUAUUCGACAUGGAUCUCGACACAUGGAACAAGCCUAUCAGCCCGAAGGUUUCAGGUGCAUGGAACUUGCAUAACACUCUGCCGAAGGAUAUGGACUUUUUUGUUCUCUUCUCAUCUGUUGCUGCGACGUACGGAUAUUACGGACAAUCAAACUACGCGGCCUCGAAUUCUUUCCUCGACUCGUUCUCGCAGUAUCGACAUGGCCUCGGUCUAGCCGCUUCGGUCAUCAGCAUUGGCCCCAUCGAUGAUGUCGGUCUUGUGGCACGUAAUACUUCCACCAGAGAUGCUCUUCUUCACAAUCUGGCAAGCUUGUUGACGGAAACCUACUUCUUGGAUUCUCUCCAUCUUGCAAUUGCCCGCUCCUCUCCGCGUUACGCUACCGAUCCAAAGCUCAAACGAUCGCCGUUUGAUGUUUACCAGGCUCCUAACCAUAUUUUCCACUCAGCGGAGUCAGCAACUCCGAUUCAGGACCCAGAGAACGGAAUUAUGUGGAAGCGCGAUGCUCGUAUGGCCAUUUAUCGGAACAUCCAGAAAUUCUCCACGGUAGAAAGCACUUCAUCUGGGAGCCAACUGAAACAGUUUUUGUCCACUGUAGCCAAGGAGCCCAGCAAGCUGGACCAGAAGUCUUCGACUGAUUUCAUUGCCAAAGAGCUUGGACAGUGCAUCGCAAACUUUCUGGGCAAUGAUGAGAUUGAGCUGUCUCUUCCUCUUUCGUCUGCUGGUGUCGAUUCAUUGGUGGCGAUUGAGAUUAGGAAUUGGUGGAAGCAGAACUUGGGUACCGAUGUUUCGGUCCUGGAGUUGCUUGGUGGGGGUAGUAUCGAACAACUGGGCGCCACUGCUGCUCAGCGUCUGAAGGUCAAGUAUACAAAAGCGUAG